AUGGGCUACAAGAUCUCAAGGAGAGAGGUCGUGUUUGCUCUGCUUGGUGGCUGUUGUUUCUAUCUCUUCACUUCUCUCGCAACAGACUCUCGCCGAACCAGCCUUCCAUUACGUUUCAACGACACUCAUUUUCCGGCAACUACAGGCGGUUAUCUGACCUCUCAGCCUGCCCCGCUCGACCUCGGUCUUUCUUAUAGUCUUCCUCAAACUGAAAUAAUCGCACAUGCGCCAGGCUGGACCUUGUUUCGUGAUCUUUACAUGAGCAAGGGAGCGCUUGUCCUGCUCACAAAUUCAAGCCCCUCUUUCCCCGACAUCGCUCUAAUGACAUCGACCGGUCUCCCAGGAAAUCUCACCAACGAUGCUGAAAGGAUGCCCACCGAACGCGACAUGGCUUUCGUAACUCCCCAGGAAGCGAGGGCUAGAUGGGGCGGCAAACUUAGCCGUGGGGAGCGUAAUCGAAUCCUGACUUUAGAGGGCACAACACUGUUGUACAACGACCCUCCUCAGUUCUUAAACCACUACUUUCAUUUCGUUGCAGAGCUUAUGUUUGGCACCUGGGCCUUACUUUUUGGCGCGUUUGACCGAACGAUUUCCCCUCCUUCUACCAUCCCUGCAGCGUCCUUCACGCCUCCUCUUCUUUCUACCAACACCCCGACCAUCACACGUGCAAUCUUUAUCCAUUCCGACGGCUCUGGGUGGCGAGAUGGACCGGGCUUCAAUGGCUACGCAAUGCGCGCUGUUUUUCCUUCCGCCACAGUCGAGACAUCAAUCGACUGGGUUGAUCGCAUCAAUGCAACAAAGACGGAAAUGGGUCGAGCAUGGCAUUUCCCUCUUGCUUUGCUCGUAGAUCGCUCUGCUGCCUUCAGGAAUCCCAUGACUGGCGCACAUACUCAGCGAACUGCGGCUCAAGCUUGGAUGGUGAUGGCGAAGCAAGGCAAGAUUGACCUCAUCGGCAACUGGUGGGCAAGCAUACGAGCAGCCCUGACAAGAUAUGCUGGAGGAGACUCCAACGAGAGCCUUGAUUCUGAGCUCCAAAUGCCUGAUCACGUGGUUAUCACCUACAUCAACCGACAAGGGACACGACGACACCUCCGUGGUGCAGACAAUCUCGCGCUGGUGUCUGCCAUUCAAGAUUUGGUUGAUCGUAAAAAUCGACAAGGGAAAAAAUGGGAGUUUCAAGAUGUGCAUGCUGAGCGUCUGUCAUUAGAUGAACAAAUCAGAGUCACGUCUCGCACAACGAUCAUGCUUGGAGUUCAUGGAAAUGGACUAACACAUCUGGUGCUAAUGAAACCAAACCGUCUGUCCGCCGUCAUCGAAAUAUUCAUUCCUGGGGGUUUCGCUCGAGACUAUGAAUGGACAAGCCGAUCGUUGGGAAUGUCACAUUACUCCGUCUGGAACGACACAACCUUUACGUAUCCUCAUGAACCUCCAGACCCUGCUUACCCUGAUGGCUUCCAUGGUCCCUCCAUACCACUCCAUGCGCCUACCGUCAUAAAACUCAUCGAAGACCAUGUUGCUGCACGGGAAAACGGACCCACAAGGCCAAACAAUUCUCCUGUGGACGACUUUUACGCCGAUGAUAUCUAG